GGAUCUCUUUAACUAUCUCAUAUGGUACCAACUAAACAAUAUCCGCCCCUAUAAACGACUAAUAUACUCAUAACAUAUGAUAUCAAAUCAACCUUUGUUAAUAACUUCAAAAGCUAUCUCCUUCGAAUGUCUGGAAUGUAGUGUUUAUUGAUUUUAAUGGCGCAAAGGCGUUUGAUAAUUAAGGUUUGUCUAUUUAACAUUGAAUCAAAAUAUUUGAAAUUUGUUACUCGUCUAAAGUCAACACAAAAUAGAGCAAUGUAACGUUAUUGUAAAUAUAAUAAUUAUAUCAAAGUGAAUUGGGUAAAUAUCUUAAUUCUCAUUGAGAAUAUUCGGAUAUCGGAAAAUUAGUUUUUCGAUGGGAACUGAAGAGAAUACGGCCGCGAUUGCGGAGCGUAUCCGCCAUUAUUUCAAGAAAUCCGUACGCGAGGACGCACCCGCGAUGAUUCCAGGCGAACCGGCGAAAUUUUUGUCCCGCGACGGGAUUCUGAUGAGGUUUUACAUACAUCAGAAUCGCGAUGUGAAAAACGCAGCCAAAAUGCUUGAGAGAUUCUUGAAAUGGAGAAAGUCAUUCGGAGUAGAAACACUGUCUGAAAAAGACGUAUCCAAAACAUUCUACAAUAGUGGUACAAUGUAUUUGAAAGGCUUUAGUUGCAUUGGAAAUCAAGUUCUGUGGGUGCAUGUAAGAAAGUUCAGAAAAGGUCUGGAUCUGGAGGACGGGAAGCGUCUGUACAUAUUGAUCUUCGAGAAGAUUCUCUGGGAUUCGAUCGCAACUGAAAACUACCCGAAGGUUUGUUUGGUUUUGGAUAUGGUCAACGCCAGUCUUCCUAAUUUGGACAUGGAGUUCAUGAAAUUCGCCAUCACAAUGCUCCAAAACUUCUAUCCAGAUCUUCCGGAGCUGAUCAUUCCAUAUCAGAUGCCCUUUUAUUUCAAAGCGGCCUGGAAUGUUAUCAAAUCUUGGCUUGGACCUGAAGCGUUGGCGUUAAUAAAGUUCUGUGGGCCGAAAGAGAUAAUUAGGUAUAUCAGCCGAGAUACACUACCUGUUCAUAUGGGUGGAGACAGCCGCUACAUUUAUGAUUACGCAGAUGUUGGGAUCAAGAAUCCAGAUUGUGAAAUUUCUGAAUCACACAGUUCGGAUUUCUCGCGAGGUACUCACUUCCGUGAUUCAACAAGAUCGAAUGAAAGUGCGGCGAGUGUUAGAGCGAAAGUGAAAGCCAUUCAAGACAGGCUCGGACAGAUUCCAGGAUCCACUAAUACGACUGUGACGCCUGUUCAUUACGACAGCCCGAUGCCCCGUAUGCACAGAACAAUUCAAGUUCAAGCGAGGAGUGCAACAACAGAUGAUGUUUUUGACGACGAAAGUCACGUUAGCUUUUCUCCGCUUCUGAGAGUGGGACGCAGCAGAAACUAUUCGGCGAACAGUACUAGGUCAAAUGCGGAUGCGAUUGCGAAUAUCAUAGACAGUGGGAAGACGGAGAGUUUUGUGAACGUGUCAUGGGAUCCCACUUGUCCCGAAGGAGUGAGCGCCAAUUCAAAGACCAGUUCGAAGACAAAUGAAGCUAAAGAGCCGUCAACAUCGAAAAACAGCGAAAACUGUAAAACGGACAAAAAUGUAGAACUUGUUGCUAAACGAGAUGGCAUAACUACUAAAAGCCCAUUGAUGCAGCAGAGAGAAAGUUCCAAUGUGGAUAAAAAUCUAGUCGUGGGGAAACAUGUUUCAAUAGCUCCUCAAAUAGUAGAUAUGUUGAAUGUAAAACAGACCAGUUUUGUCAUCAGAAAUCACACGAGGGGAUCAUUAGCGUUCAAACUGCAAACAACCCACCCUCAACUGCUGAAUAUUCAUCCCACGUACGACCUGCUUCGUUUCUCAGACUCCUUCAUUGACAUCAAAGUUUCGACCAAUUUGGACCCUGAUUUCCAACCCCCGCCGACUAUGAAGAUCCAAGUGCAAACUUGCCCGGUUUUGAAACCGAUGAAUAAAGAAGAAUUGCUAUCGAACGACAUGCAAGAACAUUGGAAAAGUUCGGCGGACGUUGACAAGCAAAUCGUGAAAUUGAUCACGAGAAAAGUGAUCAAAAGAACGGAAGGAAAGAAUCGCCCGCAUAGUCGAGAACUAACCGAUCUUCAGUUUGAAAUUGAAGUCAUUUCGGCUGCGUUGAUUGAAGUUUCUAAACAGCACGAGGAAUUAAUCUCAAUUUCAGCUGAUAUUUCCCACAAAAAUGACAAAAUGAUUAAAUUAGCUGAAACGAACGCAGACUUGAACUUGAAAAUGUUCAAAUCCCUACAGUUUGUCUGCAUUAUGUCUGCCCUAAUGUUGUUUGUAGCUACUGUUAAAUUUAUUUGUAGAUUUUAAUGGAAUGGAGUUUAAGAUUUUAUUUACUUGGUGGUGAAAAUUUUAUUAAUUAGAGUUAGAUUUUUUUAGAAUUUAAUGGAAUGUAAUUUAAGAUUUUAUUUAGUUCGUGGCGAGAAUUUCAUAACUUCGUUUAAAUAUAUUUUUAGACAUUAAUGGAACGAAAUUUAAGAAUUUAUUUACUUGGUAGCGAAUCUUAUUUACUUUUUUUUUUGGAGGCGAGAAGUGCGCUCAGCUUAUUAAUCAUUUAGCCAUCCUGAAAUAUUGCUGUUAUUGCUGUUUUUACAGCCAAGUAUCUGCUUAAAUGUGAAAUAAGUAAUUGAAAUUCGUGCUUUUAAUACUGUUUUAUCGAAAAGAACCGCGUGUUUAUCAAUCUAAUCUGAUUAAAUUUGUUCUUUUAAUUG